UUCGUUUCCUGACGGUCGCCAUUUUGAUGUAGUUCAGACAUUGUACAAUCUUCUUCCAUCUUAGCCGUUCUUCUACUUUUAUAUUUACAAAACUUGGAUAAAACACACAGAAAGGACCAAAGAUGUGGAAAAUACGAGAAUUGAGCGAUAAGAUGACAAAUGUAGUCAUGAACUACUCGGAGGUUGAAUCUAAGGUACGAGAAGCUACUAAUGAUGAUUCGUGGGGCCCGCAUGGAAGCUUAAUGCAAGAAAUUGCAAGGUAUACCUACACUUACGAGCAUUUUCCCGAAGUUAUGUCAAUGUUGUGGAAGCGUAUGCUGCAAGAACAGAAAAAGAACUGGAGACGAUCUUACAAGGGCUUACUACUGCUUGGAUAUUUGCUAAAAAAUGGUUCCGAGCGAGUAGUGACAAGUGCGAGGGACCAUAUUUACGACAUGAGACAGCUAGAAAAUUUCCAAUACAUCGAUGAAAAUGGCAAAGAUCAAGGCAUUAAUGUUCGCCACAAAGUUAAAGAACUUAUCGACCUUAUUCAAGACGACGAACGAAUGCGAGCAGAGAGAAAAAAGGCAAAGAAAACUAGAGAUAAAUACACUGGCCUGUCCUCGGAUAAAGUCCGAGAUUCCCACUAUUCUGAUAGAUAUGACCCUGAACCCCGACAACAAGACUCAUUUGAUGAAUUCAACAGUAAAACUACUAGGAAAAGCAAGUAUAGGGAAUGGAAAGAAAGAGCAGGCUCUUUUGGCAAAGAAUAUAAAGACAGUGAAGAUGAAGAAGCAGAGGAAGCAUCUGAAGAAAAACAAAAAGAUGAACCUAAUGGCAAUGUUGUCAAUGCUUCAAAAAGUAUAUUCAAAUCCUCUGGACCUGGUACAAGAAAACUAGACCUUGGUGCUGCAGCACACUACACUGGUAUAGCCACAGAGAGCUCAGCUAUUCCAGACAAACCAUUGAUAAAUAAUACAACUUCUAACACACAAAACUCUGGGUCUAAAGAGUUUUUUGACUUUUUUGCUGAAACAUCACCCAAGACAACUCAAUCUGCUUCACCAACAAGAACCAAUGAUGCCCCAGCUGUAGACUUGUUUGGUGAUUUCCAGUCACCAGUACCAGCUGGUGCUAAUGAUAGUGGAUUUGCUGAUUUUAGUAAUAUUUCCAGUUCUCCUGGGUUUGGAGAUUUUGCAUCCUUCCAGCCAACCGUAGCAGCACAAACACAGAAUAGUGUGUCUGAUGAUGAUUUCUUUUCUGACUUCAAAUCAAGUGAGCCACAGCAACAGUCUAUUGCAGCCAGUAUACCUCAGAGCAAUUUCUCAACUCAGCCAAUAGCACCAUCUAUAUCAGCACCAUCGACAGAACUUAUGGGACUGUCACUCAACUCCACAUCAAUGGCAACUUCAUCCACAAUGUCCUUUCAAUCUACUGUGGGAACACAAAGCACUAUGGGAAUGACAUCUGCUAUGCCAACAGCAAUGCCUACUACUUCUAUGCCGAUGAUGGCUCCAAUGGGACUUCAGGGUAACACUGGUAUGAUGCAACCUAUGAUGCAAUCUAGUAUGCAACCAGGAAUGCAACAACCUGGCAUGCAACUUGGAAUGCAACAAAUUGGAUUGCAACAGACGUCAAUGCAGCAACAGCCUGUUGGUGGAAUAAACAUGGGUUCGACAAUGCCAGCAUCAAAUGCUGCAGYAUUCAACAAACAAGAGUCUCAGAAACAAGGCAACAAGCCCACAAUGUGGUCCAAUAGUCAAGUAGACAUCAGCCUGGAUAGCUUAAUUCCUACUUUGAACCGUGACAAACCGCAACAACCCAGUAUGAAUCAAUUAUUACAACAGAAACCCACCACUACACCAUACAACUCACCUCAACAGCCCAACUAUAACUUGGGAUCAAUGGGUCAAAUGAACUACAUGAAUCAGCCUAGUAGUAUGGUGUCAAAUCAAGGCCGUAUGAGCCCUAAUAUGAUGGGUGGUAUUAGAACUGUUCCUAUGGGGACCAAUACUGGUAUAUAUGGUGCCCAGCCAAUGGGUAUGAUGGGAGCAAGACCGAUGGCGUCAUCGCAAGGAUUCUCUAGUAAYUCCUUUACUUCAUAUAAAGGAAUCAGUUAAGAUUUUUUUUAUACAAAUAUUAUUUUAAAUUGUGAAUAGUUUGGAAUGCUAAAGGUGACUAGCACUAAAUGCUCACUCGGCCUGUCACAUGACCACAUCUCCCUAAAGURGAUACAUGGUAGUAAAUACCAGUGGUUUACCAGUCUCUAGACACUGAGAACUGGGUUAAAAAKAUACUCCUAGRUGUAGCUUGUUUUAUCUGCUUUGAAGCUUUUAGAUAUGACCUGCAAUGCUACAUGAGUGCUGGGUUUUUUAUCUACUGUGUAUUCAUAGAAAUCAUGGAUAACUACUGGAAGAAUUCACACAAAAAGUGAAUUCAUAGGACGGACAUUUUUCUUUGUUUUAUACUCAUUGAUUAUUCAUAAAUUUCUGAAGAUUUAUAAAGUUUUCUCCUCAAUAUUUGUAAAACAUUUUGGUGGCACAUACAUGUACUUGCACACUCAUAGUUAUAUUGUUAGAAGGGGUUUAUUUUGUGGAGAAGAAGUCAUGUGACAAGUUGGUGUGGACAGUUAAAUUCAAGCUCUGGACGAUUUUAAUAACAUUGGGAUGGUUUUCAUAAACCUGUCAUAUUCUUAACCUUGAAUUUUGUACUGUUGAUGCAUUUGAUUAAAUUAUCAAAGUAUGAUGGCCAUUUUAUAGAAAAUGYAGUUUUUAAUUUUACAGGAUUGAUUCAUGCUACUCCUUGUAAGCCAUGGAAAGCCCUGCAAUGAAAACCUUUCUUUAUAUUAUAGGAUAAAGCUACUUGAAAAUUGUGAAAAAUGCUAAAAUUCCUGGAAUUUGAUGCAAUCUACAAUAUUGUUUUAACGUUGUGAUUGAAAGUGAUGAGAGCAUUAUAAAAAUCGCGCAAGACAAAAACAUUCCUUGAAAAUCAAUUAUUUGUGCUUAGAAUGUACCUGGAAAGUCCUGGAAAUUUUGUGUUGAACACAUAGCAUGAAUCAUUGWUUUACUAGUAUUGCCUUCUUUGUUUUGGUGUUUAGAUUUUUCCAUUCACAAAUCAUGUGUUCCUGUCUCACUUUUUUAAGAAAAACUUUAGUUAUUUUGUGUAAUUAAUCAAUGACCAAGUGAAGGUAGCAUCAGUCAAGUGGGAAUUGACAUUUUUUCAAAGCCUCCAUACAACAGUUGACAAAUCUUUUUAAUUAUUAUUAUUAUUAUCAUUAUUAUUAUUUGUAAUUUAAUCAAAUAUUCCAUUUUUUUCCUUGAGCCACUUUUAUUAGAACCAUUAGAGUGUAAAUGCUAAAACCAUGUAAAAAUCCCAAAUUGUGCUAAUUUCACUAAGUAGGGUGAAGUAAAAAAAGAUAGAUAUUGCACUAAUUAACACACCUUAGUAUGCUCUUAUUGUAUUGUUUUUUCUUGUGUUUAUGCCUAAUUGAAAUAAAUAUUGGAAGGUGA